CCUGCUAGUGGCUUUUCUUCUCUUCUCUUCUCUUUCCUAUUUUUUUUUCUCUAAGCUCAAUCAGCUUGUAAGGUGGGAGAAGCAGCAGCAGCAGCAGUGGCGAGGCUGGAGCAGGAGGAGGAGAAGGUGUUGCUGAGUCCUAGUUGCCUCCAAGCUAAAUCUCUGCCCCCCAGCAGAAGACUUGAGGGACCCUUCUCUAUGUCACUGUCACACAAGUGCAUCCAUCGGACAGCGUGAAGAAUAAAAGGGGAAGGUGCAGAGGCAGGGCAAUGCGAUAGGAAAGUGAAAAAAUAAAAUUAAAUAGGGGGGGGCUGAAGAAGACUGAGCUUGAUCAAAAACUCCUUUCGUCUCCAUGGGUAGUGCCAGUCGGAAAGUAAGAGCGCCUUAACUCCUUCGACCCCCUUUUCAGGACUCUGCGCCUGGAUAAGGUGAGAAUUCAUUUAGCAAAUUGUGUUUUUCUGUAUCGUUCGCUUUUCACGACAGACCCUCAAAGUCUUCGACUUGUGCAGAACAACCCCCACCACCAUCCAACUCCUGACACCCCCUUGCAGCCUGGAGGUGUCUCGUGAAAAGUUCCCAGCAGGCGUUUAAUUGCUUUCCAUUCAUUGUUUGGCUUUGACAGUUGCCACAGGGGUAAUUUGUGAUCGGGAUAAAGGACACCAAGAGGAGUUUCUUUUUUGCCUUUUCACUCUCUAAGCAUCAGGAUUGUGUCUGGACAAGUUACGACAUUCCCGAAAAUGAAGAUGUUCCUUUUCCACGUUUGCCCUUGAUGAUAUUUGGUUGUAGAACUUUUUCCUUGAAGUGUUCCCAUUGGAUGUAUCGGGACUCGGGAGUUUGGAAGCAGGAAAAAAAUUGCCGUUGUUUUCUUUGCUUCGACCCCUAGGAAGGAGAUUUGACUCCAAUCGGAGAUAUGGGUCGGAUUAAGAAGACCAAGUUGGUUUUUGGAGUUUUAUUCCUUUUUAAAUUGUUGGCGGAUUGGUGCCAGUUUGCAGCUGGAGAACUGGAGCAAGACACAUCUUAUUUCAUCAGUCCCCCCAUAUCCAGAGUGGAUGAAAGUGUUUCCGUGGACUUGCACUUGUCCAGGCACAGAUGGAGGAGGCAUUCCGUGGACACAAACCGUCCCAGCACUGUUCAUGACUUCUCUGAAGCCGCCGGUCUUUCAGAUUUGUUUUUGGAUGAAGGAAAUGAUAAUGGAACAGAUAUUGAGGAGGAUAGAGAUCAUAAAUAUUACACCUCCAGAAUAUUUGGUCCAUUGGACCCUGCCAGCCGGGAUUUAUGGGUCAACAUAGAUGAAAUGGAAAAAGAGAAGGUCAAGAUUCAUGGAAUUCUUUCCAAUACACAUCGGCAAGCAGCUAGAGUGAACCUGUCAUUUGAUUUUCCAUUUUACGGCCAUUUUCUGCGUGAGAUUACCGUGGCGACUGGGGGUUUUAUCUAUACGGGGGAAGUUGUGCAUCGGAUGCUCACAGCAACUCAAUAUAUUGCUCCCUUGAUGGCGAAUUUUGAUCCAAGCGUGUCCCGGAAUUCUACGGUCAGAUACUUUGACAACGGUACUGCACUAGUAGUUCAGUGGGAUCACGUUCACUUGCAAGAUAACUACAGCCUUGGGAGCUUCACUUUUCAAGCCACCAUAAUCAACGAUGGCCGGAUAGUGUUUGGAUACAAGGAAAUCCCGGUACCGGUAAUGGAGAUAAGCUCUACCAAUCACCCUGUGAAAGUGGGACUGUCAGACGCCUUUGUGGUGGUGCACAAGAUUCAGCAGAUUCCAAAUGUUCGCAGAAGAACGAUUUUCGAGUAUCACAGAGUGGAGUUGGAAAUGUCUAGGAUAACUAACUACUCAGCGGUGGAAAUGUUACCUCUUCCAACUUGUCUCCAGUUUAGCAGCUGUGGCACUUGUGUCAGAUCCCAGAUCGGCUUCAACUGCAGCUGGUGCAAUAAUCUCCAAAGAUGUUCAAGUGGGUUUGAUCGUCACCGGCAAGAUUGGGUAGAAAAUGGAUGCCCAGAUGAGUCAAAAGAUAAAGUAUGCGAAGACUUAUUUCCAACUACCCAAGUCCCACAUCACACCACUUCUGGACCUCAUGGCACAACCGUCAGACAUUUUACUACAACGGCAAAGCUAACAACAUCACACCUGCCAAGCAGCCUCCCCACAGAAGAUGACACAAAGAUUGCGCUACACCUCAAAGACAACAGAGCCUCAACAGAUGACAGCGCGGAGGAGAAGACGCACGGCACGCUGCACACGGGAUUAAUUAUAGGGAUACUCGUACUGGUUCUCGUUGUUGCUGCUGCCAUCCUUGUAACAAUUUACAUGUACCAUCAUCCGACAUCAUCUGCUAGCCUCUUUUUUAUUGAGCGACGUCCCAGCCGGUGGCCAGCAAUGAAGUUCCGGAGAGGAUCUGGACAUCCCGCUUACGCUGAAGUAGAACCUGUUGGCGAAAAAGAAGGUUUCAUUGUAUCCGAGCAAUGCUGAGUCCUGUGUGUGGAACAUUACAUCAGUACUGGUUUCUGGUGUCAGACCCAUAAAUUUUACAUAUAUUUUCCAAGAAAAAAAAGUGCUGUGAGCUACCUGUCUGGAGACAGAAAGAGAGCUUCUCAUGAUCACUGAUCAGGAAGAAAGAUUUCUUCACUCUGAAAUAUAAAGGACACUCACGGUCAUCUUCCUAUGGUGGAAAUACGUAGUAGGUCCUGGGCAUCGUAGCUGGACAACAGUAGUGAAUGGACAAUGGCUCUUCUACUGGCUACAGAAGAGACUCCGAACAAACCUGUGCACUAACCGGAGCUCUCCAUACAACAAUGUUCCUAUGGCUUGUGCAUUUUAUUCAGCUCACAUGGACGAAAGCUUGUGCAGCAUAAAAAUUGCAAAUGAACAGAUGAAAGCCACAUGAUCAUACUGAGGAGAAUGGCAAACACGUGGCUCUGGAUAUAUGAUUUUUUUUUUAUAUUUCUAUAAGGGUGCACAUAGGCAUCAAUGAUCCAUAUACAAAAAUAAUAAAUGGCUCUUUGAUGUCUACUACGUAUUGUGCUUUUCCUGCAUAUUACAAAUGUGGCCAAAGUGAUAUCUCUUUUUUUUUUUUUAUUGAUGUCUAAAAAUAAAUUGCCCCACAAGUAAUCUUUAGUGGUCAUCAAGAUUGUAGUCAUAUAGGUUUGUGAUUGAAUGUGGGAUGACCAUUACCAGGUAAUGUUUUUAAAUAUUCAAAGUGAUGGCGAGGCAAGAUGGCAGCUGGGUGGUCAAUGUCUUUGGUGUAAUGACGCUAUCCAUGGUCCUGAAGGAAGGUUUUAAGGGGCUGUAUGUUCCUGUCCUGUGUAACAAGUAUGCCUAGGAUGAAUAAAGCAAUAUAUUUGAUAAAUAAUUAAAAAUCUGAUGCUUUUUGUGGGGAAGAGUGUUCUCUGAAUUGUAAUGCAUCAGUCUGGGUUUUCUUGUUUCAAUGCAAAGACUUAAAAUGUAUGUCAAGGAAAAAUAAAAUAAAAUAUGCAGUUCCAUGUUU